GUCCUCACUUCAAUCUCUUCCGGUAGAAACACGCACAGCGCUGCGCGGAGGACGCGACGUAACACCCACCCACACACACACACACACACACACACACACACACUCUGGUUAGUUUCGGUGUGUUUUCCUGUCCCGCGGAGCUCCCUCGCCUCUCCAUGCUGCUGUGCCGGGUCUCGGCAGUGGGCCGGACGCUAGCGGGAUGCGGGCGGAGGUCACACCGGGGAGGCGGCCUCCUCCCCCGGGCUCUCUCCUUCAGCUGCGGCCGCCGUCAGGGUGGAGGCUCGGACGGAGGCUCGGGCGGAGUCAGCGCUCAGGGGCUGUACCGAGACACGGUGCUCCUUCCCCGGUCUGAGUUCCCAGUGAGACUGACCGGACAGGAGCUGUUGGAUCGAGAAGUCCAGACGCAGAAGGAGUGUGGAUUUGCAGAUUUGUACUCCUGGCAAAGAGAGAGGAAGGCCAAGAAGGAGUUCUGCCUCCACGAUGGACCUCCGUAUGCCAAUGGUGACCCUCAUGUAGGACAUGCCCUCAAUAAGAUCCUGAAAGAUAUCCGAAACCGUUUUGAGAUGCUGAGGGGGCGGCAGGUCCACUACAUCCCGGGAUGGGACUGCCAUGGCCUGCCCAUCGAGCUGAAGGCUCUGGGGGAGUUGGGGACCAGCGGCCUCACCCCCCUGCAGAUCAGACAGAAAGCGCGGGAGUUUGCAGAGGGGGCCGUAGCUCGUCAGAAGGCGGCCUUCCAGCGCUGGGGGUUGAUGGCCGACUGGGACCAGUGCUACUACACCUAUGACGGAGCCUAUGAGGCCGCUCAGCUAAAAGUCUUCCAAGAGAUGCACAGCAAGGGGUUCAUCUACCAGGACUACAAGCCGGUCUUCUGGUCCCCUUCAUCAAGAACGGCCCUAGCAGAAGCAGAGUUGGAGUACAACCCUGAGCAUGUGAGCAGAGCCAUCUACGCCACGUUCCCCCUGAGCACACCUCCACCUGGGAUAGCUUCAGAGGCAGGAUUGGAAGGUGUCUCUGUGUUGGUGUGGACCACCCAGCCCUGGACCAUUCCCACCAACCAGGCCGUCUGCUACAUGCCCAACGCCCAGUACUCCGUGGUGAAGAGGACGGACAACUCUCAGCUGCUGCUGGUGGCCACUGAGCGCACAGCUAGCAUGGCAGCACUGCUGGGCACAGAGCUGGAGACUGUAGGCACCUUCACAGGCUCCCAACUUGAGGGCGGGAUCUGCAAACAUCCCACAAUUCCUGACAAGGAAGUGCCGCUAUUGCCGGCCAAUCACGUGACUAUGGCAAAAGGAACGGGAUUGGUCCACACGGCGCCAGCUCACGGCAUGGACGAUUACAGUGUGGCUUCACAGUUUAAACUGUCCGUGGAGUGUAUGGUGGACGAGGACGGCAAGUUCACUGAACUGGCCGGCCCUGAGCUACAGAAUCUGUCUGUGAUGACAGAGGGCACUGACAAAGUGAUCUCCAUGCUGACGGAGUGUGGCGCUCUGGUGAAGGAGGAGCAGUGCGUCCACAGUUACCCGUACGACUGGAGGACGAAGCAGCCCGUGGUCAUCAGGCCCAGUAAACAGUGGUUUAUCAACACAGCGUUGCUUAAAGACAAGGCCAAGGAGGCACUGCAGAAGGUGCGUGUUUUGCCAGAGUCUGCGAGGGGCAGCCUGCUGACCAUGCUGGACAGACGGACGUACUGGUGCAUCUCCAGACAGCGGAGCUGGGGCGUCCCCAUCCCAGUCUUCUACCACAGAGAGACCGGAGAGGCUCUCAUCAACAAACACACCGUGUCCCAUAUAGCAACGCUCUUCAAAGAAAAGGGCAGUGACUGUUGGUGGGAGCUUCCUGUUGAGACUUUGCUGCCAGAAGCUGUGCUCAACAAGAGUAAAGCAGGUCCGGUGACAGACUACGUUCGUGGAGAAGACGUCUUAGACAUCUGGUUUGACAGCGGAGCUUCGUGGGCUGCUGUACUAGAAGAGGAGAUGGAGGGAGACUCUGAGGAGCCUGAGUCCCGUCUCAGCUGGCUCCCUGCUCAGCUCCGCAAACCUCUGGUCCCAGAGUCAGACUCCAGGGCAGAUGCAUAUGUGGAAGGGAAGGACCAGAUCGGAGGCUGGUUUCAGUCCUCUCUGCUCACCAGCGUAGCCGUCAGGAACAAGGCUCCCUACAAGUCUCUGGUGGUCCAUGGUUUUGCUGUCAGUGAGAAAGGAGAGAAGAUGUCCAAGUCUCUGGGCAACGUUGUGGAUCCUGAUGUCGUCAUUAAUGGAGGGAAGGACCCCAGUGUACCAGCCUACGGGGCGGAUGUGCUGCGUUGGUGGGUGGCAGAGUCAAACAUCUUCUCUGAGGUUCAGAUUGGACCCGCUGCACUCAACUCAGCCAGAGACAGCAUCGGCAAGCUGAGGAACACUCUGAAGUUCCUGCUCGGAAACCUGCAGGGCUUCGACCCACGUGUUCAUGCUGUGGACCCCAAAGAGAUGCACUACAUCGAUCAGUACAUGCUGCACCUGCUGCGCGACUACAGCAUCAAGGUGACAGACGCCUACAGUGAGUUUGAUGCCGGCAGGGCCAUCCGUGUCCUCCAAGCCUUCAUCACCAGAGAGCUCUCCAGCUUCUAUUUCAGCAUCAUCAAAGACAGGUUGUACUGUGAUCCAGACGACUCGUUGGGCAGAAGAUCCUGUCAGACUGUUUUAGAGGAAAUUCUGGACGGGGUGACCCGAUCCAUAGCUCCCAUCCUGCCCCAUCUAGCUGAAGAGGUGUAUCUACACGCACCAGGACAUGACGAAGGCGAGACGUUGUUUAAGAGCGGCUGGAUCAAAAGCAGUUCGGUGUGGCGGCGACCAGGAUUGGAGGAGGCAGUGGAGGGGGCCUGUGCCAUCAGGGACACCUUCCUGUCCUCCAUCCCGGGCAAACACGCAGCGCAGUACGACCUCACCAUUGCCAUUGAGCCCGGUUUGCUGUUUGAACUCAUGGAGUCUCUCCAAGAGCAGCCCACCUCCACCUCCUCCCAGCUGGCUGAGCUGAUGACGGUGGCGCGGGUCAACCUGACCGGCAAGCUUCCCCGCGACCUGGCCCCUGAUGCCCUGCUGAGCAGCGGAACCUUCCUCAUCAACCUGGAGGGUGGUGUUAUACGAGAGGACAGCGCCUACAGCAUAGCAGCAGUGCCCACCGCUGCAUCCCGCUGCCCGCGGUGCCGUCGCUACACUGCAGAUUCAGCGGACUGCCUGUGCCCGCGCUGCCAGCCCAUCGUUUCACAGGCUCACUGACAGCCGCGCAUCACGUCACCAUGACGACCAGUAAACGUCCCCUUGGGUGAAGCUCCUCUUGUGGGCUGAAGAGAGACCAUGUUUUACAAUCCCUGUCGCUCUCAGCUGAGUGAUGCAAAGCUGACUCCCAAGUUUUUCCAGUUUUCUUUUAUUUUGGUGACUGUCAGCCUAGAGAACCCACAGCUUGGCACGGGGCUGGCAUUGGGCAAAGUGGCCUUGUACGCAGAUAACAAAGCAUGCAACGGUUUUAUGCUCUUACACAACUUCCUAGAACAGCAGGAGUGAACUCUAAAACCACAAGCCUGAGUGUCGAUGUAUCGUUGAUUUUUGAGAACCAGCUGAGCACUUUUAGAUGAAAAUCUCUGAACUUUCAGAAAAGCUCUGGUAUCGUCACUGUGGAUGAGCGCCUCCCAGCGCCCUGCCAGCGCUUUCCUGACAGAAAACACUGCACCAAAAAACCUGAUAUAGCUUGAGCAAGAUUGCUUCCUGUAUGUUUAGUUGGGAAUUAAAGAUACAGACUUGUAUUUUCUUAGAGAGGGAGCCAUUCACGUGGCUCAUCAGUUUUUUUUUUUUAAAUGUAUAAAUACAUGAGAAAAGAAUUGAUCACUAUGUGACAACAGUAGAGAAUUGAUAAAUGGUUUGGGAAAGCUCUUGAAACGCUUACCUUUAUAUAAUAUAUCCUGUUCCUCUGUAAACGUUCCCAUAAAGUUGAAGGUGUAUGGGGGGAAAAAAUGUCUCAAUUAUGAAUAAAUGGGAUACU